CACUUUCACCACCCACCACAUUUACACUCCCCACUCCUCCCAUUUUAUAUUCUCCCUCACCAGCUCCCACCCGCCUCCCCCAUCUCACCCACGACCCAUCAUUCCCCAAACCAGCCCCAUUCUUCACCACUCUCCGUCCCCAGCCCACUUCCCUCCCAGCCCAAUUCACCAUCCUAGCCCACUUUACCCUCCCAGCCCUCCACCGUCCCCACCAAUCACCCCACCAAAGCCCACACCACUAAGACCCGGCCCAACCCCCACAUUCAUCGCCUCACCCUUCCCACUGUCAACCCUGCUGCCCGCCGACCUCCCGCUGCUAAUACUACUCGCCCUUCCCGACUCACCACUAUCACCCAUCCUCCCCCAUCUCACCACAUGCUCACGCGCAACCAAACCGGCACCAGAAAACCAAAACAGUUCCUCGCCGCCACCACUCCAUCCUUACCCCCGCUACCAAAAUCCACACGUCAGGCCCUCGAAAACCCUCUCUGGCGAGCCGCCAUGUUUGAAGAACACACUGCAUUGCUAAGGAACCAGACUUGGGAUCUCGUCCCGCCGUCCCCAACUCAACAUGUCCUCUCUUGCAAGUGGCUAUAUCGCAUCAAGACAAAAUCCGACAACACCAUUGAUCGCUUCAGGGCUCGCCUUGUUGCGCGCGGUUUUCAGCAAAGACCGGGGAUUGAUUACGGCGACACAUUCAUCCCCGUGCUCAAACCAACGACCCUUCGGAUCAUUCUCUCACUCGCCGUCACUAAUCAUUGGCCGAUCUGUCAACUCGAUAUUGCCAAUGCUUUCUUACAUGGCACCCUCACUGACGAAGUUUUUAUGCAGCAACCUCCGGGUUUUAUCGAUCCUCAACGACCACAUCAUGUCUGUCGGCUGAAGAAGUCCCUUUACGGCCUCAAACAGGCUCCUCGGGCCUGGUUCCAUUGUCUCCGCCAAGCUCUGGAAGACUACGGGUUCAAGGGCUCCAAAACGGAUACAUCUCUAUUCAUUCUCAACAAAGGUACUCUCCGGGUUUACGUUCUCGUCUAUGUCGACGACAUUCUGAUCACAGGGAAUCAACCAACCAGACUACAAGAGGUCUUUGACUACUUUCAGCAGCACUUUGCGGUUCGUGACCUUGGGCGACUCUCAUUCUUUCUCGGAAUUGAAGCAGUGUGGGCACCACAGGGCCUAUUGCUUUCCCAACAGAAAUACAUUCUAGAGAUUCUCAAGCGUGCAAAAAUGUCCAAUGCUAAUUCCAUCUCCACUCCGGCUGCUGUUUCCACCACAACUCCUGAUAUUACUCCGUUUGAAGACGCGUCCCUGUACCGCCAAAUUGUGGGCUCCCUUCAGUAUCUACAAUUCACACGCCCAGAUAUUUCUCACGCAGUCAACUACUGUGCACAACACAUGCACCAACCACUGCAGCAUCACUGAUCCGAUGUCAAACGGAUAUUGCGCUAUCUCCGUGGCACACCGGCACAUGGCCUCUUCUUCAGCACUCACUCAUCACCCAUUCUGUCCGGCUACUCCGACGCAGCCUGGGCUAGUUGUCCGACUGAUCGCCGAUCCACCACAGGCUAUGCCGUCUACUUAGGCUCCCACCUCAUAUAAUGGUCCUCCCGCAAGCAACACACUGUUGCCCGCUCCUCUACAGAGGCUGAAUACAAAGCACUAGCCACA